AUGCUACUACUUGAACUGUUACAGCCAAGCGCCAUUUCGACCAAUAUGUCACAGCGUAUCCAUCGUGAACGCCAGAAAGCGUGGUGUUUCUUUUGCGCACGCGCCAUCUAUAAGGAUUCACUUUUAUGUAGCAGAUUUUCUUUCUUCUUUUUUAUUUUCUUCUUCUACUACUACUGCUACUACUCCUCUUUCAUCUUUUUCUUCUUUUUCUUCCUUCUAUUACUACUCAUUCUUCUUCUUUCUUCUUCUUUUUCAUUUUCUUCUUCUUCUUCUACUACUACUACUACUACAGCUUUUCCGCCUUCUGUUUCAUCAUUUUCUUCUUUUUUCCUCCUUCUAUUACUACUCAUUCUUUUUCUUCUUUUUCUUCCUUCUAUUACUACUCAUUCUUUUCAAUUUUCUUUCUUCUUUUUUUCAUUUUUUCUUCUUUUUCUUCUACUACUACUACUACAGCUUUUCCGCCUUCUGUUUCAUCAUUUUCUUCUUUUUUCCUCCUUCUAUUACUACUCAUUCUUUUUCUUCUUUUUCUUCCUUCUAUUACUACUCAUUCUUCUUCUUUCUUCUUCUUUUUCAUUUUCUUCUUCUUCUUCUACUACUUUUUCUUACUACUUCUUCUUUUUCUUUUCCUACUCCUUCUGUUUCAUCAUUUUUCUUUUUUUCCAUUCCUUCUAUUUCUAUUUUCUUCAUUCUUUUCUUUUUUUUGCUUCCUUCUUCCUUCUAUUACUACUCAUUCUUCUUCUUUCUUCUUCUUCUUUUUUUUUUUCUUCUUCUUCUUCUUCUACUUCUUCUACUACACUUCUUUUUCUUGCUUCCUUCAAUUUCUUUUCAUCAUUUUCUUUUUCUUGCUUUUCCUUUUCCUUUUUUCUUUUCUUGCUUUUCCUUUUUCUUCUUUUUCAAUUUCUUCUUCUUCUACUACUUAUACUACUGCUAUAUCUCAUUUUUCUUCUUUUCCUUUUACUUCUUUUUCAUUGUUUUAUUCUCCUACUGCUUUUUCUUCUUUCUCCUCUUAUUACUCUUCUUUUUCAUUUUCUUCUUCUACUUUUUCUUCUUUUACUUCUUUUUCUUCUCUUUCUUCUUUUUCAUUUUCCUCUUCUACUUUUUCUUUCUUUUUCUUCUUUUUUUCUUCUUCAUUUUUCUUCUCAUUCUUUUCCUUUUUCAUUCAAUUUUUCUUUCUUGACUUCUUUUUCUUUUUUUCUUUUUUCAUUUUCUCCUUCUACUACGACUUUUUCUUCUCUUUCUCUUCUUAUUCUUCUCUUUUUCUUUUUCAUUUUCUUCUUCUACUACUUUUCUGCUUUUCUUCUUUUUUCAAUUUCUUCUUCCUUCUCCUUCUUUUUCAAUUUCUUCUUCUUCUUCUUCUUUUUUCAUUCUUUUUCUUGCUUCCUUCUUUUCUUUUUUUCUUCUUCUUCUUCUAGUUUUCUUUUUCUUCUUCUUCCUUUUCUUCUUCUUCUUUUUCAUUUCUUUUCUUUUUCUUCUACUUUUUUUCAAUUUCUUCUUCUUUUUUUAGUACUACUCAUUCUUCUUCUUUCUUCUUUUUCUUCUUCUUCUUCUUUCCUUAUUUCUUCUUCUUCUUCUUUCAUUCUUUUUUCUUCCUUCUUCUUUUCAAUUUUUCUUUUUCUUACUCAUUCUUCUUCUUCUUCUUUUCAAUUUCUUCUUUUCUUCUUCUUUUUUCCUUCUUCUUCUUCUUUUCAUUUUCUUCUAAAAUUACUUUUUCUUCUUUUCAAUUUCUUCUUCUUUUUCAUUUAUUUCUUCUUCUUCUACUACUUCUUCUUUUCCUCCUUCUUUUCCUAUUCUUCUUCUACUACUUAUUUCAUUUUCUUUUUUUUCUUCUUCUUCUUCUUUUUCUACUCAUUCUUUUCUGUUCUUUUUCUUUUUCUUUCCUUUCUUCUUCUUUUUCAUUUUCUUCUUCUACAACUUUGCUUCCCUUCUUCUUCUUUUUCAAUUUUUCUUCACUUUCAUUUUCUUCUUCUUUUUUCCUUUUUUUUCUUUUUUUUUUUUCUUCUUCUUCUUCUUUUUUUCUUUCUCAUUCUUUUUCUUGCUUCCUUCUUCUUCUUUUUCAAUUUCUUCUUCUUCUUCUUCUUCUUUUUUUCUUCCUUCUUCUUCUUUUUUUUCUUCUUCUUUCUUUCUUUCCUUCUUCUUCUUUUUUUCUUCUAUGUCAUUCUUUUUUCUUCACCUUUUUAG